AUGGAGGUGUACGUAGAGCCGGAGCUCGAGGCGGGCCUGGCGCAGCAGCUCGACGCGCUGCACGCGGCGCAGACAGCGCCGUUCCUUGAGCUGGUGUCAGACUAUGCGGCCUGCCUGCAGCACAACAGGGAGCUUGAGGUCCGCGUGGCGCAGCUGGACAAGGAGGUGGCCGAGCUGCGGGAUGAGGUGGGGGCCCGCCACGCGUUUGCUGUCUCGGGUGGUGGCGCGAUGAUUUAG